AUGGCCGACAAUUGGACGCAGAGUGUUGUUUGCCGAUACUUCAAGAAUGGUGCUUGCCGUGAGGGGAACAACUGUCGGUAUCGGCAUGUACAAGCGAGUAGAAACGAUGCAAAUAUCAAUGAGACAGUGACAACUAAUAAUCCUGGCUAUAUUGUCACUUGUCGCUUCUUCAAACAGGGCAUGUGUAAAUUUGGUAAUCAAUGCCGUUUUCGACAUAGUUCAGGUACUGCGGAUAGCGAUGUUAUGCAAACUAACGCGAUAGAAAAUUCAGCCUUGGGUCAACAUACAGCAAAUUCUUCGAAAAAUAAAAAAUCUGAUAAACGUACUGCUGAAGAUUGGGUAAAAGCACCCGAGUUUGUACCUACAGCUGUGUCUCCAGUUGCUGGAUCAUCUUCUACAGAUGGAACGUCUGCUUCAGGAAUAUCUACAAGUAUAUCAAAGCCAGUCUCGUAUGCUCAAGCUGUUAAUCCAUCUGGUCAAGCCUCAAACCUCUCUUUAGAACCUUUGUGUCCAUAUGCAGAAGCAACUGGAAUCUGUAGAAAUAUAAAUUGCACAUAUCUUCAUGGUGACAUUUGCGAAUUAUGCAGCCGUGCGGUCCUUCACCCACACAAUGAAGAAUUGAGGAAGAAACAUACAAAUGCAUGUGUGAAACAGCACGAAGCAGAUAUGGAAUUAUCUUUUGCCAUCCAACGUAGCAAAGAGAAGUCCUGUGGUGUUUGUUUCGAAACAAUAAUGGAGAAAUCGUCGCGAGAACAGAGGUUCGGUAUAUUGCCGAAUUGCAAUCACUGCUUCUGUCUAACUUGCAUCAGAAAGUGGCGUCAAGCUAAACAGUUCGACAAUAAAAUCAUAAGGGCAUGCCCGGAAUGUCGUAUUCCCUCGGAUUUUGUUUGCCCUAGUAUGUAUUGGGUGGACACGAAAGAAGAAAAGGAAAAGUUAAUAACAGAUUAUAAAGGCGCUUUGAGUACCAAAGACUGCAAGUACUUCAACAAGGGUCGUGGCAAGUGUCCGUUUGGUAAUAAAUGUUUCUAUCUUCAUGCACUUCCCGAUGGGACUAAGAAAGAUGUGGGGCCACCGGUUCGACAGAGGCGCAAUACUGCCGACACCGAUAUCGACAUCUUGCACCAACUGAUCUUAUGGGAUUUCCUCGAUGAAAGGGACGAUCGUUGGAUGUAUCUCGAUUUAGAAGAUAUCCCUUUCUUCUCAGAUUCCGACGAUUCCGAUUGGUCCGAUUAUGAGCUGUCGUUCGAUUAGACAAGUAAAACUAUUCGAUCGACGCGAAACUGCCUUGAUAUCGCUGUUAUCAUUGCUACUCUGUUGCUACAUCGGUACCCACUUCCUUUACCAUUUACGCGCGGCUUUAGCAACUAAGAAAAUUAUUAGAUAAUUAGCAAAUAAUUUGAAUGAAUAUAUAAUUCGAAGACGUUCUAGCGCUAUGUAGAAAAAAAAAGAAAAAAAAGAAAAAAUGUGCGCACUUUCCUAAGAUGAUAAUUUAUAUAUAAGGAAUGUAUAGUCGCGAUGUUUCAAUAGUUGAAAUAUUUCUUCUAUUUUAUUUAUUAGAUAAUAUCUAGAAAUUGUAUUCCUAUGUAAAUCAAAAAUGAUGGUAAUAGUUAUUAAAAUUUAUCAAAAUCUAAUCGUCUACUUGCUAUAAUAAAAAAAUAAAUAAUAAUUUUAAUAAAAUAAAUUAAUUAAUAGUUUAAUAACUAUUACCUCCUUUAAUUGUUUUAUGUAGAAAUCAUCUUUUCUAGAAAUUAUCUGUGAAAGAAAUAUCUCGAUUAUUCUAAUGACGAUUUUGCACUUGUCUAUAGACAAUUAUGAGAUCAACAAUCUCGCGGUAAAUAGUCGAAUAUAAAAAAAAAUUAAAUGAAAGGGUAUUAACAUGGAUACUAGUGAAGAUUUCACUGGAUAUUCACUUUGAAAUCAUCUUCUUUGUGUGUCUUGACCAAUGCUCUACUAACUGAUGAUUAUUCUAGCAACUAUUAUUAAUUCAGUGGUCCAAAUUUCAUCAAUGAAUAGUCUAUAUAUCGGUAUUUUUCCGAUGUCCUACUUCUCGUAGAGUAAUAUUGUUGGUUUCUUUUUCUAUACUUGCGCGCGCGAGCGCACGCGAUACUAAUUAUUAUUAUUAAAAUGUUCCAUAAUGCAUGAUCUGGAACACAUUAAAUGCACAUUGAAUCAAAUCAUAGCAUAAGUGAGUCAAUAAAUAACCGGAAUUUUAGUGAUUGUGCUCUAAUCGAAUGUCCUCAUAUAAGAUUGCCUGCUUUUGUUUAGUAAGAUAUAUGGUCAGAAGUAUAUGGUCAGGUGUAUCUCAAAAUAAUUGAAAAGUAGUUUAAUUCUAGUUUUUUUUUUCGAUUAAGGCUUCUCUUCAGUUAAUGCAAGUUAGAUUAGAUUAGAUUUACUCUGUUGUAAUUUCAAUAAACAUUCGUCAUUUAUAAUAAUAUGUACUUAAUCAACAUGUAAAAAUUUCUGGAAACAUGCUAACACUGGAUUUAAACAAUACUUUGAGAAAUGCAAAUUACUGUAUUUGAUUUUACUGGAUUUUAUUUGAAUUUAUAACAUAUAUAUCCAUAUAUAGGGCAUGGUUCUUGUGAUUGCAAUAUAACCUCGCGUUUAAGAUAAAGGAUCAAUUCUGUCGUAUCCAUAGAUAUAAUUCUGGUAUGAUCGAUGGUAUCAACCAAAUGUGCAUUACAUUCUAUAAUAAUAAACUUUUUUCAUAAGCACAACUGUUACGAAGUAAUAUUGCAGUUACAGAACAUUCUAUUUAAUUAUUACUUGUGGAAAGCUCACAGCACUACUACUAUUCGCAAGUAAAAUAAGAAAACUGGACAAUGAUAUAUUACUUGUGUGUGAUCAGUGUGCAUUGUUAGUUCAAUUUAUCAAUAGUUCAUAUCGAAGGUACGAUCUACAAAGAGUCGUCCUACCUCUUGCUAUGGCUCCGCGAAUCUUUAAUACAUUUCUUUAAAUUAUUACAAUUGUAGCGUUAUACUCGUGAAUAAUAGAUUCCUCUGAGAGCAAGUGUGUAAAGUGAAUGUGAUACACGUGUAAGAGUAAUAUGCGAGCGCAUCAAUAUAUGAUAUUUGUGUGGGUGUGUGCGAAUGGAAGUAAGUACGAAUAUAAAAAUAUUUGCGAGAAAGAGACGGGCUAUCGUUAGCAUAUAUGGAAUAAAUAACAAAUGUAAUAAAGAGAUCGCUUUUCGUGGAGUACGCAUUUGUAGAUUCAAGAUUUAAGGAGACAAUUAGGGAAAUACGCACGACGGAGUUGGACCCACGACAUAGUUGGACCCACGACAUAGAGCCAUGCUGGGAGAGAAUAUCAUCGUUUUUACAUUUUAUCAAUUUACUAAUAAUAGCAAAACAUGCUUCGACAGCCGUUUUUUCAAUAUAGAACCGUGAUAAUUGCGCUUUGAAGGGCAUAGAUCUCUCUUGUGUGAAACGGCUAAAAUUCAAAAUGGUAUAUGUACGAAGAAAAAAUACACACAAAAUACGAUAUUCACGUUUUUAACAUUGAAUAUAUUUUCUGGGAUAUUAUUUUAUAAUUUUGUAUGAUCUAUCGGCAUACGUUUAUGAUAAAUAAUAUCGUGUUGUUCUAAACAGUUCCUUCUCGCACUUACAGCUCGAUUCAUAUAUUACCCUAAGGAAAAGUGACCAGUUUUUACAGCAGAGAGCCAGUACUGCCUUUCAAAAGCUAUGUGAUUAUAGAGUAAUAUAUAUCGUUCAUCAUAUAAAAGUCAGUUUCUUAAUUCGCCUCAAUAACGCGUUUUAUCGGAUCGAAUUUUCGCUAUGCUGAAUAUCGUUUACAUUUCCCAUAGAAUUUCUAUGCUGUUAAUUUUAUCGAUAAUUGUUAGUGAAACGCUUAUAUUGUUAUCGGUAAUGUUUAUAUAGAGCUUUCUAUGAUAUACGCUGUGCGUUUCGAGCGACUAUUUUUGGAGCUACUUUCUUCAAACAAUCAUCAACACUCCCCGAUGUGAAGAAAAUAAAAAUAUAUAAUCGCUUUGAGCGACUUUAGAUUGUGAUAGAUAGUGGAAUUUAUAUCAUUAAGUUGAAUCCUUGGCUUACUGGGAUGAUUUGAAUCUGAUUUUAUGAAUGAAUGGAAAAUUCACGAUGGAAAUUUAUUUAUCAUCGGUAUGUUCAGUAUGAUUACGCAUUGUAGGCAGAAAGUUAAAUUGACUGCGUUGAUCGUUGCACGAAUUUACUGUCGUCACUGCCAUUCUUUUCUAUCUCAAAGUAAGCGUAUUACCAUUUAUUGCAUUGUCAUGUUCUAAAUGCGUGCAACGCGGAAGGAGAUAUGUAAAAUUAGGAGUUGAUGUUUAUAAACUCAUUCAACGGAAUUCAAUGCGGUUUACUUUAACUUUGGCGAUACGUUUUUGGAGUUAACUUUGGAAUUACUCUCCCUCUUUCUCUCUCUCGCAUACAUAGUAUAUAACAAAUUCAAAGUCAAUAUUCUACGUGAUUUUUGUUGUAAUAACUCGAAGAAUAUAAAGAAGAUCGAAUUAUUGUUUCAUCUGGAUUAUUGACGAGAUAGUUAGUGGAAUGGUAAAAUGAUAUUCUUAAUAUUUCAAUCUCAUUCUCAGGAUGGUUUUGUUAAGCUAGUUUAGAAAUCGUACAAUUUAUAAAACAACCGCGUGCGUCAUAUAUUUCUGCGUACAGAAUUCAAUUGCCAAAAUUCUCCCGCAAAAGUAUGCAUUAAUGUCAAUUAAUCAUACUAAAUGUACCUGCAUUGAAUAAUGUAUUGCGUACUGAUGAAUAUUAUUUUUUCCCUCCAACAAACUGAAUAAGCUUCAUAGAUUGCGAUGUUAUUCAUCAUUUAUAUAAAUGAGAGAUUGUGAAUAUCUUGAAUAAUCCUUUCUCUUUCUUUUUUUUAGUUUGUAUAGCGUGUAUGAUUUUCUUUAGAAUAAUAUUGUACCGAGUAUAUCAUUUUAUUUUUAUUUUAUUUUCAAUAUUAUAUAUAUAUAUAUUUAUUUUUAUUAUGUAUGUUAAACGAAUGUUUUGUCGUGUGUUGAAAAUGCUCGAAGAGUUUUUGCGAAAUAGUAAAAAAAAUUGUGUAACAUAUAAGUUUUAGAAUGGAUAAUUCUUGUUGAUAAUUUCUCCAAAAUUUCUGUACGUAAUUAAUUAUUAUAUUUUUGUAAUUUAUCAUGUCGCAAAUCUGCUUACAUUACAAUAAAGGCUCCGUAAAACGGAUCGAUAUUGAAACGAAAAUCUUAUUUGCUAAGUAAAGCUCUACCAUAAAAAAAGUAAAAUCGAUACGGGAAAUAUAUUUUUGUGUUACAGCUUGUCUCUUAUGUCUUUAAUAUAUUAUAAAUGCUUUUUAAUAGCAAUAAAUAUACGUAGAUUAAGAAAACUGUAUUUUCACUAUAUGAAGCACAAAUUGCGAACAAAUGUAUUUGCAUUAUCUAUUAUUUAUCCUUUUUAUAAAAAAAAAAAAAAUAAUUGCAAAUUGAUUAUAUCAACAAGAAAUAGCACAAGCUUUCUUUUUUUUCUUUUUUUUUUAAAUUUUUCUCAUUUUGUAUUUUUCUCGAUAAAUAGAAUUGUGUGAAACUGUGUCGUGUAUCGCGUUUGCUUUUGCAUUGUAUCGCAGGCAAAAUAUACUUACAGUCCGAAUGUGUUUAGUAAUUUUUUAAUAAUAUCUAAUUGAAAGAUACACACAUCCGUAGAAACUUCUUUCGAGAUGUUUAGCAUAACACAAGCUAUUCGAUUAAGAAUAAAGUAUACGAUUGCGAUUAAUAUCGUUGCGCUUUUAAAACGCGCGACAAAGAUCUAGCGGAUCGUAAAUGACAAAUGUGUCAUUGAUAAAAUACGCUUGCUCGUGAUAGAUAUAAAAGUAAUUGUUUCUUUACCGCGGGAGUGUUACAAGUUUGGGGAAGAAAAAAAUACAUUCUUAUAUAAUGAGGUGUUAAUUGAGUAAUUUACACAUAUUGUGUUGCAAUAGAAGAUUUUCAGCGCGUUUUUUGUGUGUAUUGGGAAGUACAUGAAAAGCAUGUUAUUGAUAAAAAUAUUCAAGAAACACUUCGUUGUGCGGCUUAUUUGAUAUUUAAAUCGCUGAUUUAACGUUUAAACUCCCCCUUUCUCUUAUCGAGGGUCCACCGUCAGUUUCGUGUGUCCCUUUACUUCUAACGAAAUAGGAUUAUUAUUAUUAAUAAUAAAAAGUCUAUAUAACAUUGUUAGAGAAAUUAUAUAGUAUAAUCCGUUUAUUUCACAUGUAAAUUGGAUCGAUCUCUGAUGUGUUUUCCGAUACUUAUUUCACUAUAACUCAAAUCAUCCAACUGUCAACAACUAUAACGUUGUUAUAUCGUCGUUGUAUAAUUGAUGAGCUUCUCUGCUGAUUAAUGUAUAAAUAAGAGAGAGAUAAUAGUCAUUGCCCCGUUUGUUUUAAACGGUAGAAAUAAUCAGUAGUCGUCAGUGGAUUGUAUAUUCAUAGAUCCUGAUGGCAAGGAUAAAGCGAUCCUAUCUUUAAUUUUAUUUCUUACAAUGAUAUAUAUUUUUGUUAUUGGAUAUGUAGAUUAAUAAAAUCUCGAAUAGUAAGUCU